CUGCUACCAGAGCCAUCGAUCAGUCAGCCCGGGGUGCGUGGAACAGGUACAGUACGGAUUGGAUACCUAUCCGUACCUUAGCGAAUCUGGAAGACCUGGAAGCAAAUCAAGCCCACGCAACAUCCCUCUCCCUCUACCUUACCUUAGCGUCACCUCUUUCCAUCCCGUCCAUCAUCACUCCACCACUCCCACCUACCUACCUACCUUACCUAUCUGACCUUACCUUCUCACCCCAACCUCAACCUUGCGCAGUCUGCACCCUGCUCUCGCCUACCCGCAAUCUGCGCCGCGAUACCCCCUCCAUACGAACAACGUGCAAGCCCUCGACCAACCGACUUUUGGUCUUCGCCGUCAUCAGAAUACUCAAGCGUACCUGCAUCCGACGAAAUACGCCUUUUUGCAAAUCCCUGAAGCAUUCCCACCCGCUGCCGCAUACGCCAAACACUACGCACCUACCCUUCCUUACCGCAGAGCCUUCGAGCUACGGGCCUCCCUCCCUUUUCAACCCCUCGUCAACUACGACCCGCCCGAUCUAUCUCUGCCUCAUCCCAACGACAUAGAAACCACUCGCCUGCUCUUCGCCCGCAACUGCCUCUCGCACUCCUCCACUUUGCCUGCGUGUUUUUAGGUCCCUCUUCUGCGCACAUCAUCGCAGUUAUUCUCACCUCAGCACCAAUCCACAGUCUUCGCGCCGUCCAGCUCGACUGUCGUGUGGCCCAUCUCAGCCCUGUCCAUAUUCUCCCAGCGCCGAGAGACAGCCUCUCUCUCUUUCCGCACUACUAAAGCUCGCCCCCUCGUUCGUCUUCGACAUACCCCGCCACCUCGCCUCUUCCGCUCGCCCAUAUCAACAUCGACAAGUCCACUCCUUAGCCCAUACAGAACUGGUCUGCAAACAUGGUGGACAGCGACACGAACUCCCCCACGUGGAAGUUCACCCAGUGCUUUGGAGACAAGGGCGAUGUGGAGGACAUCACCGAAGCUGAUAUCAUCUCAACGGUCGAGUUCGAUCACACGGGUAACUAUCUCGCGACGGGAGACAAAGGCGGCCGGGUCGUAUUGUUCGAACGGAACGAAACGAAAAAGACAUGCGAAUACAAGUUCCAUACCGAAUUUCAGUCCCACGAACCCGAGUUUGACUACCUGAAGUCGCUGGAAAUUGAGGAAAAGAUCAAUAAGAUCAAGUGGUGUCGUCGACAGAAUGCAUCACACUAUCUGCUCUCAACAAACGACAAGACGAUCAAGCUGUGGAAGGUUUUCGAAAAGUCGCUUAAGGUCGUCGCCGAAAACAAUCUAUCCGAUGACUUGACUCCCGCAAACCUCGCUGGCGGUGGGGGUGCUCCCAAGCAGUCACCUGCGCAUCGUUUCAAGAACUCUGAAGACCUCAUCAUGCCCCGCCUGACCCAUCAUGACACCGUCGUUGCCGCCGUACCUCGCCGAACGUAUGCAAAUGCCCACGCCUAUCACAUCAACAGCAUAUCCGUCAACAGCGAUGGCGAGACAUUUAUCAGCUCGGACGACCUUCGCAUCAACCUCUGGAACCUGAAUAUCCAGGAUCAGAGCUUCAACAUUGUCGACAUCAAGCCUGCAAACAUGGAGGAGCUGACUGAGGUUAUCACCGCUGCCGAGUUUCACCCUCUGAGCUGCAAUUGGUUCAUGUACGCAAGCUCCAAGGGCACCAUCAAGCUUGCCGACAUGCGCCAGAGUGCUCUCUGUGAUAGCCACGCAAAGCUCUUUGAGCAAGAGGAAGAUCCCUCCUCAAGGUCGUUUUUCUCCGAAAUCAUUUCCUCCAUCUCGGACGUUCGGUUCUCCUAUGAUGGUCGUUACAUUCUCUCUCGCGAUUACCUGACGGUGAAGAUCUGGGAUAUCAACAUGGAACGACAGCCCGUCAAGACGAUCCCCAUCCACGAGCAUCUGCGUCCUCGGUUAUGCGAUACGUAUGAGAACGACAGCAUCUUUGACAAGUUUGAGGUUGUCUUCUCGGGGGAUGCCAAGAACGUCAUGACUGGUAGCUACAACAACAAUUUCAUGAUCUAUCCUUCAGACCCCGACAAGGAAGUCGAGGUGGUGCUGCAGGCCGAUAAGUCUGCCUUCAAGGCUAAGAAGGUUGGCGUACCGACACCCAUCAAUUCGUCUACUAGCCCAACCGCAACCAACGGUGGCAAGAAAGGAGGUUCCCGUGCUGGUAGUCCUGCUGCUGGAGCCGGUGGCCAGGGCCAAAGGAUGCGCAAGGAAACCGAUGCCGACCAGAUCGACUUCAACAAGAAGAUCCUCCAUAUGAGCUGGCAUCCAUUUGAGGAUAGCAUCGCGAUUGCGGCAACGAACAACCUAUUUGUCUUCUCUGCACUAUAAGGAUGAAUAAGAACCGAAGCCCUUGAGCACUAUGACGAGUGAGGACACUCAUGCUCGGACGAAGCACAGCAAAACAGCCGGACGAUGUAGAUCGAGGCUAUCGCGCCUACAGCCUGGGGGAUUUGGUUGACAGGAGAAGGUGUCUCGGGUCUACGUCGCAGCUGUGGCCUCUUGUACAAUCGCCGUCUUAGCCAGACUUUCGAAUUAAGAGGCCAACUCGACCAAUAGGAAAGAGUUUGCUGGGUACUCGGGACCAUCGAAAAGUGCUUGGGGAGAAGACAGAGGUGGAGGAACACGUGAAAGAUAUGGAAGAAGCACUAGGAAUAGAUGGACCCGACCAUCGUGUCACGUCGUCACGGUUAUCAACGCCUCCCUGAUUUCUAUAGUAGAAUUGGAGGCAACGAGAUUCUCGCCUGUUCUGAGCAUAUGGUGGCGUGUCAUGGUAAGCCCAAGUACACGAGAUGGAGUAUCCGGGUGUCGCAGGUGUGCACUGCCGAGGUUAUUGCCAUACCCUUUAUGCUGAACUAUCCAAGGUAACGGAUAUUCCAUCUACCUUCCUGAGUGUUACUUAAAGGCUGCUGCUACAAUUUGAACAUGAUAGGACGGUGCUUCCUGCAUUCGAUUCGACAAUCAUGCAGCGACCUGAUGCGUAGAUGCUGUCAUUCGAGAUUGGUCCCACGGCUGUGUUUUGUCCCGUUGCGCAAGAUUUCGAUUUCUCGGCUUUAGAUAGAUCUACAUCAACUACCUACUACCUAAAAACUCGCACUAAUCUACGCAGGUAGGUGAAGGUGUGUGGGUUGGGUGGCUUGAGGUACCUAGACUGGUGCUCAAGGGAUCUCGAAGUUCCCGUCAGGUCACAAGCCUACCUAGGACGAGGGAACCAAGAAAAGUGUGGAUCCUCACACAGGCACGCUGAGGCCAUAUCGUUAGAUACCUUACCUAGGUAAUGAAAGGUACGGAUAAACAGUCGUGACGGAGGUAUGGUAGCAAGCUUAGUAGGAGCACGGCAAGAGCAAGCGGAGCGGGACGUGUUGUUUGAGGUGGCCGCCCCAACCUGCAACCGUGGGC